CGGGAGGCGGAAGGCGCCCUAUUUUGAAAUCGGAAAGUUGGCGUAGCUGCGCGAUAGAUUCUAGAUCUGCGACCUUUUGUUUCCAGGGCCUGGCUCACGUCUUUUGCCUGCAAGUUGGCGAAGCUUAGGCUUGCGGGAGAAGUAUCCAUUAACAAAAUGGUUGAGGAUGAGCUAGCACUGUUUGAUAAAAGCAUAAAUGAAUUUUGGAAUAAAUUCAAAGGCACUGUCAGUGACACCUCCUUUCAGAUGGUGGGACUAAGAGAUACCUACAAGGAUUCCAUUAAAAUAUUUACAGAAAAGUUGUCUCUGAAAUUAAAAGAAGAAGAGCAAAUGGCUGAGAAGUUUCUGGAGUAUCAAAAUCAGAUCUGCAAGCAGAAUAAACUCAUUGAAGAAAAAAAGGAUGAUUUGUUAAAGCUGAUUGCUGAAGUAAAAGAGAAAAGGCAGGAACUGACAUCACUAAGUGCGAAAAUCCAGGAUCUCAAGGAAGAAUAUGCUAAGAAGAAGGAAAUUAUUUCUACUGCUAACAAAGCUAAUGAAGAGAGGUUGAAAAGGCUGCAGUUAUCUGUAGAUCUGUUUAAAGACCGACUUGGACUAGAAAUCCGAAAAAUAUAUGGUGAUAAAUUGCAGUUCAUAUUCACUAAUAUUGACCCUAAGAACCCCGAGAGGCCAUUUAUGUUUUCUCUGUGUCUAGAUGAAGAAAAGAACUAUCAAGUGUCUGACAGUGCUCCUCAUCUUGAGUGCCUAGCAGACUUCCAAGAGAAACUGAGGAAGACCAAAAAUUUCUCGGCUUUUCUUGCCAAUGUUCGAAAAGCUUUUACUGCUGUGGUUUAUAACUAAUGUAUAAGUGGUAUAUAGAAAAUUUAUUUUUCUUCUUUGCCUUACGUCUUUUUGAAAAAGUUCUCAUUUUUCACUUUUUUUUUUUUUUUAUAACCGUUUUGUAUAUUUGUAACAUGUUUAUGUGGUGUGUUUCUUUAAAAUGCUCUAAUUAAAUUUCAGGAAGAAAAUGUA